CUCCAGUAGAAUCUCUUCCGGUAGAGAAACGCAGCUGAACAGUGUUAGCGGUUUCUGUGAAGGUCGUGAGUCCAACUUUGAUCCACCAUGUCUCUGCCAAAGCCUGUGAUGAGGGGGCUGCUGGGAAAGCGUCUGAGGUUUCACCUUCCCAUUGCUUUCACUCUGUCCGUCAUAGCUGCGAUAGGGUUCAAGUACACAGUGGCAGAACCCAGGAAACAGGCCUAUGCUGACUUCUACAAGCAGUACGACGCCGUCAAAGAGUUCAACUCCAUGAGGGAAGCCGGCAUCUUUGAGAGUGUGCGGCCCUCGGGGGAGUAAACCCACUCUCUUCUUCCCCGUCGUUCAUUCCUGGUCUGAGCUUGAGGUUCCUUCUCGCCCCCUUGGAUGUUAUUUACUGGUUAGAUGUGAACAUCGCUGUGCUGUUUUGUUCCUCUAAAUAAAAUAUUCUAUUAAUGUAAGA